AUGUCAUUGACCAGAUAUAAAACAAUAGAGGUACAACGAAAGGAGGAGGGAUUGUAUUGUUUGCACAAACGUUGCCCAAAUAGAUCACAUAGCUAUAGCACAUUUGACAAACUACAACAACACUGCCGAGUGCUACAUGGAUGCGAGGGCACCUAUGCAGGCUGUCCAAACGAUCGAAGAUACCGCAGUACACUCUUUUGUCCGGAUCCUGAUGACACAGCAUCGAUCGAGUUGAUGUUGCGCGAUGGUCUCGUCAAGUGUCUGCACACAUCUUGCUUCAACUUCUACGGGUCAAAGGAGGGCUUGACUCAACACUUGCAGUUCAAAGAUGGAGACCAUCAAUGUGCCGACCGUCUGACCUGUCCUGGCUGUCUUCGAAGUGACUCAUUGAUGACAAAGGCGACCACUAUAUCUGAUGGCCGUCGACCUCAGACCGUCUUGCUUUAUUGUCAACAUGGUACAUGCAGGAUGGAGUUCAAAUCGUUCAACGAAAUACAUAUGCACUGCAGAGCAGUGCAUCGAUGCACAUGGACCUACGCAACCUGUCCAAACGAGCGUAGCUACCGCAAGAGAGCAUUCAAAGCUGAUGCCGCUGACACUGCAUCGAUCGAGAUGAUGUUGGCCGAUGGCUUUAUCAAGUGUCCGCAUACAUCCUGCCUCCACUUCCUUGAAACGGAAGAGUCACUGUUGGCUCACUUCCGCAAAGUAAAGCACGAAUGUAGCGACCGAACGACAUGCCUAGGCUGCCAGCCACGGUCCAAAAUUCGUUCAGAAGGGCUACUCUCAUCUCUCAAGCGACGCCGGACAGUGCUCGACGAGGACUCGGAUGCCGAAACACCAUCUACAACAGACAGUGGACAGGCCAAGCCACACCCCAGUGUGCUGACCAAGAAGAUUGCAAGACAUGUCUUGAUAACAGCGUCAACAUUAACAAUUGUAUCGAUAAUGAUGAUGAUGGACAUUCAACUCAAAGACCUUUCGGAUACAUAG